CAUCGAGGUAUUUGGGAAGUUACCUCUCACUCACUCACUCACUCAUUUCGGUUCACUGCUACCUCGGUGUUGUGUUGUGUUGAGUUGUUAUUAUUCUAUUCUAUUCUAUUCUUUUCCUCCACCCUCAUCCAUUCUGCUCGCUACGCUAUUUUUGUUCUUUUCUGAAAUAUAGCGGCAGAAGACGAACCAAGUGAAGAAACAUGGUGAGAGUUAUUCCCAUGGCUUCUUCCAUUCGACCCACUCUCUCCUCCUUUAGGUUUUCACCUCGUUCCUCUCUUUCUCUCUUCAACCCUUCUCCCCGACUCUCUUUCUUCCAUCUUCCACCUGCAGUCCCACAAUCCCAUAGUUUUGGCCUGAAAGCAUCUAGGCUGUUCAGACAGGAUGGUAACUCCAUAAGAGUGAUGGCAUCCCAGGCAAGCACGGCUGCUUCACAAGAAAAUGUACUAGAGUGGGUCAAACAGGACAAGCGAAGAAUGCUACAUGUUGUUUAUCGUGUUGGGGACUUGGACAGGACCAUAAAAUUUUAUACAGAGUGCCUGGGAAUGAAGCUCCUCAGAAAGCGUGACAUACCAGAGGAGAGAUACACUAACGCCUUUCUUGGAUAUGGGCCCGAAGACUCCCACUUUGUUGUUGAACUAACAUACAAUUAUGGAGUUGACAAGUAUGAUAUUGGAACUGGAUUUGGCCAUUUUGGUAUUGCUGUUGAUGAUAUUACGAAAACAGUGGAACUAAUAAGAGCUAAAGGUGGCAAAAUAACUAGAGAGCCUGGUCCUGUCAAGGGAGGUCGCACAGUAAUUGCUUUUAUUGAAGAUCCUGAUGGUUACAAAUUUGAACUUUUGGAAAGAGGUCCCACUCCUGAGCCUUUGUGCCAAGUAAUGCUUCGAGUGGGUGAUCUUAAUCGUUCUAUAGAAUUUUAUGAAAAGGCUUUUGGUAUGGAGCUGCUGCGUACACGAGAUAAUCCAGAGUAUAAGUAUACCAUAGCAAUGCUGGGUUAUGGUCCAGAAGAUAAAAGUACUGUUCUGGAGUUGACUUACAAUUAUGGAGUUACUGAAUAUGAUAAAGGAAAUGCUUAUGCUCAGAUUGCAAUAGGCACAGAUGAUGUAUACAAAACUGCAGAAGCUAUUAAACUAUCUGGAGGAAAGAUUACUCGGGAACCUGGACCAUUACCUGGUAUCAACACAAAAAUUACAGCAUGCUUGGAUCCUGAUGGUUGGAAGUCGGUUUUUGUAGAUAAUGUUGAUUUUCUGAAGGAGUUGGAGUAGAGUAUUCUGGUAGUUCAUCAUAGCAAUCUUGUGAGAUUGGUAUCAAAUCUGUGUCGAAGAAUUGGUAAUCUAUGUUGAAAUUUGUUUGCUUCAGAGAAUGUAUCAUAUUCAAUGCGAUUUUGUAGAUAAUGUAGUAAUGACUAUAGCAAUGACCCUUGUAACACAUGUCUGUAGCUGUAUACAAUAAAGCAAGCUUGAGAAACAUAUAUCUUUAUUCCCAUUUGCUCUCCCCUUCAUGAUUACAAUGUC